UACCCUGGAUUCCGAUCCACUUUACGAUUCGUGCGGCAAGAAGGGUCGGCUCUUGACGUCUGAAUCCCGAUCGAACCCCCUGUCCCGUCCGGGCGAGCCCCAUCCCCGACUCUCUCUUCCCUCCGACGAGCUCUAUCUACCGGCCUUGAGCACCAGCCAGUGUUCGAGGCGGGGCGGUCGGACGAGGCCCUCGGCCGCUUAGCCACCGCCGUCCACGCCCCGCUCCGCCACCCCCGCUGCCGCCGUCGAGACUGCUUUCAGGUCCAUCUCCGGCGCCGUUCUAUCAUGGCCGCAGAAUCGCCGACUUCCGACCGGAAAGUUGUAGUUCACCUGAGAGCGACCGGCGAUGCUCCAAUACUCAAGCAAGCCAAAUUUAAGAUUUCUGGGAAUGACAAAUUCUCUAAGGUCAUUGAAUUUCUUCGUCGUCAACUUCAUAGAGAUACAUUAUUUGUUUAUGUCAAUAGUGCAUUUUCACCAAAUCCCGAUGAAUUGGUGAUUGAUCUAUACAAUAAUUUUGGCUUUGAUGGGAAGCUGGUGGUCAACUAUGCAUCCUCCAUGGCAUGGGGCUAAGAGAAAACGCACGGUGGUCUUCAAGCUGGAUUUCUGGCUACUUGCACAGGGAAAGAUAAGCUUGUUUUUUUUUUGGAUUCAUGAUUGUAAAAUAUUUCUUGGCAACAGAUGAAUGAUGACAGAGUUGCCACUUUGUGACAAAUAUAAGUUGUACUGAUUACAAGUAUUGUUUCUUUAUAGGAAUCCAGGUUUAAAGCACCGUUCUUUCUAUGCAA